AUGUUCCGACCAGCCGCUCGAUCGGUAUUGCGAUCGGCAGCUCGCCCUGGUCUCGCUGCGCCGCGGAGUGCCGCUGGGAGGCGAUUUGUGAGCUCGUCGCCGGUGAAUGCGCGAAGGAGUUGGAAGGGCACUCUACUGAGAUGGGGCAUUGCGGCUGCAGGCGUCUAUUACUAUAACACCAGCCCCGUCUUCGCCGAGCAACCACAGCAUAAUCUUUUGAACCCCAAUCUUGACGCCGUAGAAGACUCCACCGAAGAGUCGCCGUUAGAAGCGUUGACUUCGCGCCGACAGCGACAAGCACAAAGCAACUCCGCCGCCCUCCAUUCCGCUGCAGAGACCGUGUCCUCCGAAAAUGCCUCAACGUCAGUCUCGGCUCAAGAGUCGGAAUCGCUCCCUGGGGAAUCUCCCGAAGAACUAGAAGAGGAGGCAGCCAGCCAGGGAGCAUUCAACCCAGAGACCGGAGAGAUCAACUGGGAUUGCCCAUGCCUUGGUGGAAUGGCACACGGUCCCUGCGGACCAGAAUUCCGCGAAGCUUUCUCGUGUUUCGUCUUCUCGACAGAGGAACCCAAGGGGAUGGAGUGUAUCGACAAGUUCCAGAACAUGCAACAGUGUUUCCAGAGAUAUCCCGAGGUCUACAAGGGUGAACUGGAAGACGAUGAAGAGCUUGAUGCUGGGUUGGAGGCCGAGAAACAAGAGCUAGUCAACGAGAUUCAGGAGAGGAAGGCCCAGCAGCAGCAACGGCAGCAGGAGCAAGAGGUGGCUUCGCGAUCCCGAUUACUGGAAGAGCCUGAACCCGCACAACCAGCUCAAAAGAGGUCCCCGAAGCCGGACGAGAAGACUGCGCAAUCGGGCAAGAAGUCUGUCACACCCCGAGAGCAACAGACGAAAAAAGAAGACAAGGUUCCACCUGCACAUCUUCAAAGCACCAAAACCCCCCAAGAGGAAGCCAAGGUCACUGUCCACGACGAUGCGACCUUGUCACCAGAGCGUGAAAGUAUCAAUGAAGGCCAGAAAUCGCCUACCGUCAAAGAACCGCAAACUCUUCCGGUUCGCGACGUCUACUCGAGUUCUGAAUCAGAUGUGGUACCCAGAGCGGCGCACGAUGCCACGGGCAGUUAUGGUGUGAAGAACAGGGAGACGGAGAAGUAA